AUGAAGUCGGCCGUCAUCCUCAGCGCUCUUUUUGCCGCGGCACUUGCUGCCCCCAGCCCGGACGCUGUGGCACGUUCGCUUGCUCGCCGCAAGGCCGCAAGGGCCCAGCGGGCCCAGCACAGCAAGCCUCGCGUCCUCGCCGCUGCCGCGGACGACUACAAUGAGAACUGGGCUGGAGCCGUGCUGACCGGGAAGAGCGUCACGGCGGCUUCUGGCAGCUUCCCUGUCCUCAAGGCGGCCGUUCCCACCUCAAAGGAGGCCGGCGAGAAGGAGUACACGGCGUCUGCGUGGGUGGGCCUCGACGGCUACGACUGCAAUGGGCUCUGGCAGGCUGGUGUUGACUCUAUUGUCGAGUCUUCGGGCGAGACCUCGUUCUAUGCGUGGUACGAGUGGUAUCCCGCCGAUACGCAGGUUGUCGACCUGGGAGAAAUCGCGGCUGGCGAUGUCAUCAACGUUGAGCUCACCGCGGCCAGCACCACUGAGGCCUCUGUGGUCCUGGAGAACAAGACAAAUGGCAAGAAGUUCACCAAGACCGUCACCUCUUCCGAUGCGCUGUGCGGCACCGCCGCUGAGUGGAUUCUCGAGGACGUGACUUUCCAAGACUCCAACACCGGCCUGGCCAACUUCGGCUCCGUCACAUUCUCCGGCAUCUCGGCGACCGUGGGUGGAGCGGCCACCUCCUCCAUCAGCGAUGCUGUGAUUAUGGACAUCCAGGACACCGACAACAACAUCCUCACUUCCUCCAAGGUCUCUGGAUCCACUGUGGUCGUGACUUAUGAUUCCUAA